AUGGCCCCAAAGCACAACAACCUAACAGCCCAACAACACGACAUCUCUACAACACAACAGCCCUACAACACAACAACCCUACAACACAACAACCUAACAGCCCAACAGCACAAUAGCUCUACAACACAACAGCCCAACAACACAGCAGCUCUCCAACAGAACAACCCAACAACACAGCUCUACAACGCAACAGGUCUACAACCGACCGAACAAUACAACAGUCCUACAACACAACAGCUCUACAACACAACAGCCCUACAACACAACAGCCCUACAACACAACAACCUAACAGCCAAACAAUACAACAGCUCUACAACACAACAGCCCAACAACACAGCAGCUCUACAACAGGGCAACCCAACAAAACAGCUCUACAGCGCAACAGGUCUACAACCGAUCAAACAACACAACAGCCCUACAAAACAACAGCUCUACAACACAACAGCCCUAAACACAACAGCCCUACAACACAGCAGCUUUAUGACACAACAUCCCAACAGCUCUGCAACGCAAGAGGUCUACAACCGAUCGAGCAACACAACAGCCCUACAACACAACAGCUCUACCACACAACAGCCCUACCACACAACAGCCCAACAACACAGCAGCUCUACAACAGGGCAACCCAACAACACAGCUCUACAACGCAACAGGUCUACAACCGAUCGAACAACACAACAGCCGUACAACACAAAAGCUCUACAACACAACAGCCCUACAUCAGAACAGCCCAACAAUACAGCGGCUUUAUGACACAACAUCCCAACAGCUCUACAACGCAACAGGUCUACAACCGAUCGAGCAACACAACAGCCCUACAACACAGUAGCUCUAUAACCCAACAACCCAACAAUGCAACAGGUCUACAACCGAUCGAACAACACAACAGCCCUACAACACAGACAGGCAAGCAAUACAAGAGACCUGCAACUUAA